AUGUCGUAUGGCGUUGGACCUCACGGUCAUCAUCCUGGUUCGGUACACCAACAACAUCCCCAUCAGACUCACCCUCAUGGGCAACAUGCACUUCCCCAGCAUCAACAAUCACAACCUCAGCCUGAACAUGCCCUUGGUCGUGGCGUGCCACUCUCUGCUGUCCCGCACACGUGGAAGCUUUUCAUCGUCGAGUUCAAAGCAGGCCGUACAGAUCUGUUCUAUCUCACUGAUGCUAUCAAGUCGGAGAUCAUGAGGAAUGAAGCUGGCUACGCUGCGGCGCAAACGAACGGGCAUGGAACUGCUCGCGCGCCGUCGGAAGGUGCUGAGGCCGACUCCUAUCCAAUCAAAGUUGGAGACCUGGUCAUUGUCGAAGCUGAUCGAGGACGAGACCUCGGUCGGGUUGUCAACGACAACAUUUCUGUAGAUGAAGUAGAGGCGUGGUUGGAUGCCGGGCGCAGUUCCUCCGGCCAAAUACUUGACCCGAGUCAACAGCCAAACCAGCCAUGGGGCGACUCACCUAUGCCCACCCCGAUUUCACCUACUGGCGUCUAUGCUGGUAUUCCACCUCCUGGUAACCCUAAUUCUACUCCUGGUGCUGCAGGGAGUGCGGGAUCGAAAAAGGAAAUCAACCCGAAACAGAUUUAUGGCAAAGCUGGGCCAGCGGAAGCGAGUUUACUGGCGGCGAAGAUGAGUGACGAGAUGAAGGCAUUGCAGCUUUGUCAGAGUAAAGUGCGUGCGAAGAAGUUGCCGAUGGAGGUGGUAGAUGCUGAGUAUCAAUGGGAUCGACGCAAACUGACAUUCUAUUUUGUGGCGGAUAAAAGGAUUGAUUUCAGAGAGCUUGUGAGGGAGCUAUUUAGGCUCUACAAAACUCGUAUCUGGAUGGCUUCGUUACAAGGAGGCGGCGGCUUUGAGCAAUGA